UCGCUCUACUAGCCCUGGCUUCUCCGUGUGGUCCCAGCCAACGCUGUCGGCCCUGUCGCUCGUGAAAGACCGUCUUCCUCCCCCCAAGAUGCCCUCUUUCCAGCUGGGCCCGGUCUCCGCUCGAGUCCGGGUUUCCACGCUUUCUUCGACAGCUUUCGGGCGGUGUCCGACUUCCACGCGCUUCACCAGACUCGAAAUCCCGUUCUCUGCGUCGACACGGGCGCCCCCAGCCCACCAAAUGUUUGGCCGACGCUUCUUUUCCAACCACAUGCCAAAGCGGCCCAGGAUGCAGUGGCACCCCAUACCCAUUGGCCUGGGCAUCGGCCUUCUAGGUGUCAUGCAGUUCUACAAAGUCUACACGAGAGACCGGGACGAAAAACGCCAGGCUGCCGUCGAAGGCUCCGAGCCUGGCCAAGCCGGCAAGCCCAAGAAGCGGCGCCGCAUCCGGCCGGACGGCCCUUGGCAGGUUCAGGUCAUGUCGACUCUUCCUCUCAAGGCCAUGUCCCGUCUUUGGGGCAAGUUCAACGAAUUGACCAUCCCCUACUAUCUCAGAGCUCCCGGUUUCCGUCUAUAUGCAUACUUCUUUGGUGUCAAUCUCGAUGAAGUCGAAGAACAAGACCUCCACAAGUUCCCCAACCUCGCCGCUUUCUUCUACCGCACUCUCAAGCCCGGUGUCCGCCCCGUGGAUCCCAACCACAAUGCCCUGGUUUCGCCGUCCGAUGGUCGAAUACUCCAGUUUGGGCGAAUAGAAGGAGGCGAUAUCGAACAGGUCAAGGGUAUGACUUAUACUAUCGAUGCGCUCCUCGGCCAGAACUCUCCAACUCCCAGCAUCUCCGGUACGACGCUCCUCGACGAAAGCACCAAGGCGAAAUCGGUCAAUGGAGACUUUGAGGGCGACGAGGAAUUGGUCAAGAAGGACGAAGAAUUUGCCCGCGUCAACGGUAUCUCUUACACUCUCCCGGAUCUUCUCUCUGGUUCCAAGAAGCAUGACAAGCUGUUCAAGCCCAAGGAUGAGUCUGUCACCCCUUCCAAGACUUCCGAGACUGAGGUGAGCGCCGAGCUUGCGCUUGGUGAGAAGCCCUGGUACGAUGUUCUCUCGGGUGGCGAGCGCCACACUCUCUACUAUGCUGUCAUCUAUCUGGCUCCUGGCGACUAUCAUCGGUUCCACUCCCCCACGGAGUGGGUUGUCGAGCGCAGACGUCACUUUGCCGGCGAGCUCUUCAGCGUGUCCCCUUACCUACAGCGCACCCUCCCUGGUCUCUUCACCCUGAACGAGCGUGUCGUCCUCCUCGGCAGAUGGCGUUGGGGCUUCUUCGGCUACGUCCCUGUCGGUGCGACCAAUGUCGGCUCUAUCAAGAUCAACUUCGAUCGCGAACUUCGGACCAACAGCUUGACGACCGAUACCGCUGCUGAUCGGGCUGCGGAGCUUGCGGCGGCCAAGGGCGAGCCUUACCUGGGAUAUGCUGAGGCCACCUACGAAGCUGCCAGCCCGGUCCUGAAGGGUCAUGCUUUGCGCAGAGGUGAGGAGAUGGGUGGCUUCCAGCUUGGCAGCACCAUCGUUCUUGUCUUUGAGGCGCCCGUUGCCGAGCACGACGAGUCCGGCAAGGUCAUCAAGGGAUGGACCUGGGACGUCGAGAAGGGGCGGAAGAUCAAGAUGGGACAGACCUUGGGUCAUGUUGCGCUCUAAUUUGAGCACAUGAAAGAAACCUUGGCACAGUGGGAGGCGUUUGAAGGGACGGAAUGAUUGAAAACUAGACAAGACUAAGGUGGUGUAUUCGGGUUUCGGAUCUCUUCAUGUAUCCUUUGACUUUAUGCUCUUUAUAUGAUACCCCUUCCCGGGUAGCAAUAUCUACGUUGCACUCUGUUUCUCAUUUUCUUUUCAUAGGUAUAUAUCUUUCAAGAUUGAAAGCAUCAAAAAAGUUUUCAUAGCAUGUGGUUGGGAUCUGAAAAGGGCAGAUGGAUGGACGGGCGCUUGUACAUAGCUGGGAAAACGAAAUAUCUGUACCAAAC